CCGCGGUGUGGUCCCAGCAGCAGUGGAGGCCUGGGCGGGUCCUCCCAGAGCAGCCGAGGGUUCGCCCCACAAGCAUGAACUGGACGGCCGCGACUUGCUGGGCUCUGCUGCUGGCCGCCACCUUCCUCUGCGACAGCGGCGCGGCCAAGGGCGGCCGAGGAGGGGCUCGCGGCAGCGCCCGGGGAGGGCUGCGUGGGGGCGCCCGCGGGACCUCGCGGGUGCGCGUGCGGCCGGCGCCCCGCUACUCGGGCUCCUCCCUGCGGGUGGCCGCGGCCGGGGCGGCGGCGGGGGCGGCGGCCGGCCUGGCGGCGGGCUCCAGCUGGGGAAGGGCCACAGGCCCAGGGGACGGCGGCCUGGAGACCGACGACGAGGACGCAGCAUCGGGCGGCAACCGGACGGGCCACGGCAUCUACAGCUACCGGGCGUGGACUUCGGGAGCGGGGCCCGCCGGCAGCCCGGGCCUCUGCCUACUGCUGGGCGGCGCCCUCAUUGCCCUGGGGCUGCUACAGCCCUAGGC